AUGAUUGGCAACUCGCCGCCCGAAUGGGCUCUCAUACAAGUCUCCGUGAUCAUCUUCCGCUUCACGCCUCUCUUUUACCUGCUUCCUCUCCUCGCGCUCUCCGCGUACUCCAUCUACGACCCCUUCGCGACGCCGCACCACACCGCCCAGGCCGUCCUCAUCGGCCUUCUCCUCGCCGAGGCUGUCUUCUACGUUUUCCUCUACCGGCCACAACUGCGCGUCGCCGCCACUACGGAGGCCGUCUAUCCCAAAGCCCUCACCAAGGCGGAGCGGCAGGCGCUCUUCCAGCAGUGUCUCGCGCACGCGCAUGACACCGCGCUGUACCUGCGCGGGUGGUUUCUUAACGCGCCGCUCGAUGACAUCCGCCGGGACAAUGUGCGCGAAUUCCUGCUCUGGGCCUUUUUCGAGACCUCCGACGAGGACGCGGCGGCGGCGCAUAACGCGGAGCUGGAUGGGUACGUGGCCACGCUCGAGGAUCGCAUGGGGCGUCGCUUCGCGCCGGGCCGCGGCACCGCCCGGAGCCUGCGGCUGACACUGGAGCCCGUCACAACGGCGUACCGGAGCCUCGCGUGGUAUGUGGUGAUUGCGCUGGUGGAUGGCGUUACGCAUGCGUUUCUGCGCGCCCAUGGGUUUCGCUUCUACGGCCGGAGCAGCGCCGCCGAGGUGCGCGCGACGUUUCCGCCGCGUCCGCAGGAGCUCUUUAGCACAUACAAGUCGCCGGCGCCGGCGCUGGGAUACUGGUACUACGGACCGAAUAGCCAGCAGCAGCAGCAGCACCAGAACGCCAAGCCCCGGACGCGCGCUUCUGCGGCGGCCGAGCAGAAACAGGGACAACAGCUCCCGGUGGUAUUUUUCCACGGCAUCGGUGUCGGCCUGCUGACCUAUCUCCGCUUCCUCUUUGAUCUCGUCAAAGCCGCCAAUGCGCAAUCCGCACAGGACGGACCCGGAGUCCGCAUCAUCGCCGUGGAGAUGCUGCCCGUGUCGUUUCGGCUCACGUCGCCGCCACUCGACAAGCGCGCCUUCCUCGCCGCCUUUGCCAGCAUCCUUGACGCGCACGGCUGGGACGAAUUUGCCAUUGUCUCGCACUCGUACGGCUCCGUGCCGACGACGCACAUCCUGACGGCCGACGGCGAGCACACGGCGCUCAGCCGCCGCGUCGAAGCCGCCACGCUCGUCGACCCCGUCACCAUCAUGCUGCAGCUGCCUCACGUGGCCUACAACUUUACCCGGCGGCGCCCGCGGACCGCGGCCGAGUGGCAGCUGUGGUACUUUGCCAGCGCAGACGUCGGCGUCGCCACGGUGCUGGGACGGCACUUUCACUGGCGGCAAAACAUCAUCUGGAAGGAGGACCUGCUGCGCCGGCCGGGGGGUGGGGGUCACCGGAGAGUCACCGUCAGCCUAGCGGCCAAGGACAUCAUUGUUAAUGCACCAGCCGUGGCCGAGUACUUGCAGGAGCCCGAGGAUGAUGCGGCGGAGGGCGGGCAAGAGUCGAGAGUUGGGGUGCUGUGGUUCCCCGAACUUGAUCACGCGCAGGUUUUUGACACGCCAUCAGACUACAACAAGAUUAUAAAGUGCGUUCUAGCCGAGGGGAAAGAGGAUUGA